AUGAAAAUGACAUCAUUAUUAAUUGUAGCUUUACAAAUCUAUUCUUCGUUGGCAGUUCUUGGAUUUGAUUUGAGUGCUAAACAUGAUGAUUUCUAAUGCUUCGUAAAGAAUGGAUAUUAAUUUGCUAUUACAAGAGCAUACAGAAGUUUUGGAGCAGUGGAUCUAGAUGGGUAUUAAAAUUUGGAAAAAGCAAAGGCAGCAGGACUAUUAGGAGAUGUCUAUUUCUUCCCUUGCAAAGGAAAAAAAACUGCAAAGGCUUAGGUUUAAGAAUUCGCUUAGGUUUUUGGCAAUCAAUAAAGUUAAGUCUACGGAACAGUUUGGGUUGAUGUUGAGAGCAAUCCAAGCACUGAUUGUGGCUGGACCACCGAUUAUGCAAGCAAUUGCAAUUUUCUUUAGGAAAUUGUAAAUGAAUUGAAAGGAAGCAGCAGAUCUGUUGGAAUAUAUGCUUCAUAAUAUUAGUGGACAUCGAUUUUUGGAAGUGCAUCAGCAUGUUCUCACUUUGCUUCUCUUCCAUUAUGGUACCCUCAUUAUGAUCAAACACCAACCUUUGACGAUUUCCCUAAAUACAAAUUUGGUGGAUGGACUACACCCAGCAUCAAGUAAUAUUCAGGUUCAUCUACAGUUUGCGGUGUGGGUGUUGAUUUAAAUUAUUAUAAGUGA